AUGAACCCCCCCAUCGUCACAAACUUGACCAUUAAUCCCACCGUGGAGCAACACGAAGCUCUGAGGUUCAAUAACGAAGCGCAGAGGCUCAGCCGCGAGGGCGACUAUCGAGGAGCUGAGCGUCUUCAUCUCCGUGCCAUUGCGCUCAAGGAGCAAGGCUACGGCUUGAACCACUUCACCACCGCCUUGUCAUGGAACGCGCUUGGAGAGCUGUACAUCGAGAUGGGACGUCUUGACGAAUCCGAGGACUACCUGAAGAAGGCAGUCAGAGUGCGCAAUGCCGCCGCUGCCGAGAACGACAGCCACGCUUUUGACGCUGCUGUUUCUCGUGAUAAUCUCGCUCGAAUCUAUGAAAUGCGAGGUGAUAUGAAGCAGGCCAAAGCUACGAGGCUGUCUGGAGGCCAAACCAAUCUUGCUUGCAGCAACUUCUCUGUAUGUUAUAUUUCUCUUUCACAAGUGUUCUCGACUGAGACAGGGGUUAAUUAUUCAGUGUACCCUUCAGACCUUGACUCGCCAGCAAUUAUCGCAAUGUGGAGGGUGUAA